AUGAAGACCAUCAUCACUGCGUCCCUCGCUAUCAUCUGCCUCGCUGUCCUCUUUGCUGACUUCUCCGUCGCUUUGGCUUUGCCAAAAUCUGGACAAGCCUCUGUCUCGUGCUGCAAGAGCAAAUCGACCAUCUACUCCUCUUCAGUCCAAGCAACGUUCGGAUGCGGCUACGCCGGCAUUCAUUUCAUAGCGCCCAAACUCAAAUUUGGCACUUACGCAUGUACGCAUCAGUACCCUCUCGAAGCGUCGGACGACCUGCAGUCUUUUAAUGAUGUCUGCACGAACGUCUUCAAAGGAGUAACCAAAGAUGCCGGCAAAUGUGCUAACAACGUCAUGAAUCCCUCGAUUCUUCCUUUUACCAAAUAA